AUGACAGCUUCACGACCAAUUACCGCUCGACAUAGUCAGCCAAAUCAAUCAAGCAAUAUACUUGCAUGUCAACGUUAUCGACAGGUCAUCACCUAUAAGCCUAUUAACAAGCUCCCUGAUCCAAAGAAUAUUGAUUACAUUCCGAACAUAAUGCAAAGUUUACAACGAUUUGUCGAUUGUGCUAAUUCGUAUGAGAAGGACGCAUCUAUUUCAACGACAUCGUCUUUCAACGAGCCCAUGAACAGGAUUGAAGAAAUGUUCAAAGUUCAGGUUGAUAUUCCCCUUAAUUCGCAUUCAUCUUCUGAUAAAUCAGAGGUCGCUUCUGGAAUGUACGAAGAAGUAAUGGAAUGUUUUCACGGAGCAAAUAAUGUAUCGCAUCAUGUGAAUCAAUCGUUAAUCAUGAUGACGUCAGCUCCCGUAUAUUCUGGCUUCCCAUUAACCACUUACUCAUACUACAAUCCUUAUGAUCAUUAUUUGCCAAUAGAUGAAACGAACGAU